UUGACUAAUCGAUCGAUUUGCGUAUAGCUAAUACGCUGUGAUCUGUUCAUUAGUGCACUUUUUCGUCAAGAAAUUUACAUCUAAUAUACUUUUUGUGCAAUUUGAAGACAUUCGGUCAAGAAGCUGUGACUCUGACUGUGACUUAAAUUCACAAAUGCUUCGAUAAGUUGCCGCAGUUAGGCUCAAGAACUCGGAGCGAUGAUUUGGCUGCUGCUGCUGCUGCUGGCGGCAGUGCUGGCAUAUCUCAUCUAUUCGUAUCGCUACCAGGCGCGCAUCAAUCGACUGACCAGCAAUUGGCCGGGGCCGCCGUCACUGCCCAUCAUCGGACAUUUGCACAUCUUUGCGAGAAUUAUUGGUCCGCGGCCGUUUAAGCGCGUGACGGAGCUCAUCAACUGCCAUCUGAAGGAUCAUCGGGGCAAGCUCUGGCUAGGCACUAAGUUCUACGUAUUCGACUGCAAUCCCAAGGAUAUUCAGGCACUAUGCAGCGCCAAGCAACUGCUGCAGAAGACCUCGGACUACCGCGUCUUCGAGAAUUGGCUGUGCGAGGGCGUCUUCACCAGCGGCGUGGAUAAAUGGAUGCAUCGCCGCAAGAUGAUUGCGCCGGCCUUCAACUACGGCAUGAUUAAACAAUUCAUGGACGUCUAUGAGCGACAGGCGCGCAUCUUACUGUCCAGACUAUCCGCACUGGCUGACAACCGACAGCCCGUCGACUUCUUUCAGCUCAUCAGCUGCUACACGCUGGACACCAUCUGUGAAACGGCGCUGGGAACAAGCGUCGACUCGCAGUCGGGUCAGAGGUCGGAGUACUUCGAUGCAGUCAGAGAGAUUAUUCACAUAUUUGACUCGCGGCUGAAGAACCUGCUGUACCGCAGUGCUCUCAUUUAUCGCCUUACGCCGCUCGCGGCACGCGAAAGGCAAGUUCUUAAGACUCUGCACGGCUUCACUGAGCGCAUUAUCAAGGAGCGUUUGGCUCAGAUCAGCUCGGAGCUGGCCAAUCGCAAUUGCGACGCUGAGUCCAGCCAACAGCAAACACUCAGCUUGCUCGAUACCUUGCUGCUGGCUAGAACGGCAGACGGUCAGCCGCUGCAGGUGAGGGACAUACGCGAGGAGGUGGACACCAUAAUCUUUGGUGGCUUUGACCUGACCGCAGCCACGCUCAAGUUUUUCAUGUACAACAUGACGUUGCAUGUGGCCUAUCAGCAGCUGUGCCGCGAGGAGAUCUGGCGUGUGUGUGGCAGAGACACAACCACAGCCAUCACCAUGGAGCAGCUGCGUGAGCUCGACUAUCUGGAAAUGUGCCUCAAGGAGUCUAUGCGACUGUAUCCCUCGGCGCCCAUAACUGCGCGACGUGCCACAGCCAAUUGCACCAUCAAUAACUUCUUCAUACCCAAGGGCUGCGACGUGAUCAUCUCGCCCAUGUAUAUGGGCCGCUGCAAGGACUUCUUCCCCGAUCCGCUGGCCUUUAAGCCACAGCGCUGGGCACGUGAUGCGCAGCCAAGGAUCGAGCCCUCCACCUACAUACCCUUCAUGACGGGCCCGCGCAGCUGCCUGGGCCAGCGCUAUGCGCUGGUCAUGAUGAAGCUGGUGCUGGCUCACCUAUUGAGGAGCUUCUAUUUCGAGCCGUUGGGCGAGCGACAGGAGAAGGCGCGACUCAUCUUCGUCAUGACUCUGCAUACCAAAAAUCCCUACCUUUGCAAAAUACGAGCUGUCGAGUAGGAAAGCCAUAAAGACGAGCUUUCAUUAUGGAAUUCAGAUAGAGAAUUCGGCUAGAGUUAAGUAGGCUGAUAUGCUCAAGAGCUCUCGAGGCGCAGAGCAACUCCUAACGAUUUGCAGAAUACAUCUGCGUUACCCAUCGAACCUUUUGUUAAGCCCUUAUCAAUUCGUUUCGCCUGGCUCCAUUCAACAUUUCAGCAUUGCAUACUUCGCGGCGCACAAAUUACGCAUCACAUUUCCGUUUUUAAUGACGGCGGCGACGAGGUCGUAUAUAUAAAAAGUAAAUAAAAGAAACAGGCAAUAAUUGUACAAGUUUCGGCUAACGAAUAUCGUAUACACUGCUGAGCUGUAACGCUGCAGAUCUAGUUUAAAUCUGCUAUAAAUAAUAAUAAUAAU